UCAGCCUGGAGACCUCAGGGCCAGGCGCGUCAGUCGGAGCGCAAUUGUUGAUCAGAUCACAUCCAGCGGACUUUUUGCGCGAGAAAAGAGAGGAAGCCGAGAUUUAAGAGCGGUUUGUUUUGACUGCACACAGCUGUAUGUCUGCUAUAGUAUCUGCGACUUUGGCUUGAAACACUUUCCGUUGCUCCGCCGGGCUCCUUUUUUUUUCUUUUCUUUUUUUCCCCCUCCCUUGCAGACUUUUUUUUUUUAUAUCAUUAUUGUUCUUAUUAUUUGCGCACAGUUUGUCGGACCUCAGUGCUGUGCGACAGUUCGGCGGUGGAGAUGUCUUUCCCCCAGCUAGGCUACCCGCAGUACUUAAGUGCCUCCCAGGCGGUGUACGGGAGCGAGAGACCGGGAGUGCUUACGCCGUCGUCCCGGGGAGGGAGCACGGAAAUCGGGGGAAGUCCGUCCGCCACCGCGGCGGCCGUCACGUCCGUGCUGGGCAUGUACGCCAACCCGUACGCACACAACUACAGCGCUUUCUUACCCUACACCAGCGCGGACUUGGCUCUUUUCUCACAAAUGGGGUCCCAGUAUGAGCUCAAAGACAGUCCCGGUGUCCAUCCCGCCAGCUUCGCGGCGCACACGUCCCCCGCCUUCUACCCGUACGGCCAGUUUCAGUACGGGGACCCGGCCAGGCCCAAGAACGCCACCCGGGAGAGCACCAGCACCCUGAAGGCCUGGCUCAACGAGCACAGGAAGAACCCGUACCCGACGAAAGGCGAGAAGAUCAUGCUGGCCAUCAUCACCAAGAUGACCCUGACGCAGGUCUCCACGUGGUUCGCCAACGCCAGGAGGAGGCUCAAGAAGGAGAACAAGGUGACCUGGGGAGGCAGGAGCAAGGAGGGCGAGGAGGACGGGAACUUGUUCGGCAGCGGGGACGAGGCGGAGAAGAACGAAGACGAGGAGGAGAUUGAUUUGGAGAGCAUAGAUAUCGACAAGAUCGACGACAACGAUGGGGAUCAGAGCAACGAGGACGACGACGAUAAAUCAACGGAGGGGAGCAGAGAGCUCAGGGGGGGCGUGGGCGCGCCUGGAGACCUGGACAGCUUGGAGAAGCGGCGGGCCUUCGCCCUGCAGGCCCACGAGGCCUUUGAGAAAUCUAAGAGCGCGAUUUCAGCGCUCCCGGGGAGUAAGGACCCCACGGACGGCAGCACGAACAGCAACACGCGGGUCCUGUCGCCGGACAGACCCGGGAGCUUUCCCCUCCCGUCCAGCAAUAAGCCCAAAAUAUGGUCUUUAGCGGAGACCGCCACGAGUCCCGACAGCUCCACGCAGAAACCCACGUCCCCCUGCGGGCCCGGGGCCCCCACGCACCCCUCCGCGCCCCACCACCAGAUCCAGACGCACCCGGCCUUCCUCCCCAGCCACGGACUGUACACAUGCCAGAUUGGAAAGUUCCACAACUGGACAAACGGGGCUUUCCUGGGCCAGAACUCCCUCCUGAAUGUCAGAUCGUUUCUGGGAGUAAACCAGCAUCACCACCACAACCACCACCUGGCGGGCCAGCAGCAGCAGCAGCAGCAGCAGCAGCAGCAGCAGCCGUCGGUGGUCGUGUCACCGGUGGUCGCCUCAGCAGCGCUCAGCAACGACAGCAAGGCCCCGCCAGAGACCCUCAGUCCCAAACACAUCGACCAUGAAAACGGUGUAAGGUCUGAUUCACCUCCAACGCAGAUCCUGAAAUCUUCCUUUCGACCCAUCCAUGACAGAUCCUCUCUGCCUUCCAGCGCCAGGAGUCCACAAGACGCCACGCAACGGGUCCUCACUGCCCUCUCCUCGGCUUGAUCAAGACCGUUUUUUCAUGCUUGAAAAAAAAAUGAAAUCGAAAAAAA